AUAAAUCCAAUUCAAGAAGCGAUUGCAGAAAUAGAAUCGCGCGAUCCAGGAGAACAAUUCUCGUACCAACAAAUUGCUAAAAAGUACGGCGUCAACCGCGUUACGCUGAUAAGACGGCACAAACACGAAACCGAGGACUAUAGCGUACGCAACCAAUCCCUGCACCCAGAACGCGAAGCCGAGCUUGUACAAUAUAUCGAAACGCUUACCGAACGACGUUUGCCACCUACAAGAACAAUAAUACAACAGUUUGCCAGUCAGUUAGCUGGCAAACCGGUCUCCGAAAGCUAGGUUAACCGGUAUCUCCGCCGGCAUCCCAACUAUCUCAUCUCUCGCUCAGGCAAAGCCAUGGCCAAGGAGCGUACAAAAGCUAAUUCAGGGGCUAAGUACAGCUUGUAUUUCAAGCUUUUACAUAAAAAGAUAGAGAAGUACAAUAUACAACCCAUCUAUAUAUUUAAUAUAGACGAAAAGGGGUUUCAACUUAGCCAGGUUAGCAAUACAAAACGUAUAUUCAGCAGAAGACUGUACGAGCAAAAAGAGGCAAGGCAAGCACUUAAAGAUGGCUCAACUAAGUGGAUAACGGUUAUAGCUUGUAUUUGUUCGGAUGGUACAGCUUUAAGUCCAACUCUCAUCUUCCAGGGAGCCAACAGAGCCGUUCAAUCGAGCUAGGUUAACGCUGUACAAGCAGAAGAACACUCAGUAUUUACUACGUCAUCACCUUCUGGCUAGACCAACAACGAUAUUGGGUUAGCUUGGCUCAAGGGGGUACUUGAACGGGAGACCAGACGAUACGCU